AUGAGCUGCUUCGACAGCUCGCGGCGUGGAGGCGCAGAGCCGAGGCCGCAAGCGAGGACCGAAAGGACGGCGUCACGGCGUGUCUUCCAGCAGUUCUUGACGCUCGUCUUUCCUUCCGACGAAGUUGUUGCGGACUUGCUCAAGAGGCCCUCGCUGGGUGAGGAAGCCUUGGAUCGUUUGCAACAACGAUGGAUGCAGUUGGAGGACUUGCACAGCCAGUCCCUAGCCAGCUUGAACGAGAUGGCACGGCAGCAGGUGGCUGAAAAGUCAUCGGAGAUCCAGGCAUGUCAGAAGGCACUGCGCGCUGCGGAGGCCCAAGUUCAGGAUCUCAAAGCGGAGCUGACAAGCAUGGCUCGCGACAAAGCGCAAAUGCUCAAGCAGAAACUCCACGGAAAAGGGAGCCAAAACGACUCCAGUUUUCUCGCGGUGGAGGACCAUGCUGAUGCGGGUGCCGACGCGGAGCUUCAAGCAGUCGAGGAGCAGAAGGCGGCAGCGGAACGUCGUGAGAAAGAGGCCUGGCAGGCCUUGGAGCGGCAGCGGCAGGUGGCUGCCAGUUUUCUGAACCAUGUCUUCACAUUCGGGCCCAUCUACAGCUUUGGAGUUUUCCUGCCGGUGAUCAAGGCAGACUUGAACGUCUCCCUGACGGAGGUCUCUGCCAUUAGCUCCACGAUGAAUACCGCUCAGUUCAUGGGCUCAUUGGUGGCAGGACUCCUCAUCCCAAGGCGCCUCGGUCAUGCAACUGUAGCUGGCAUUUGUGCGCUUUGUGCCUUCGCCGGCCUUGCGGCGCUGUCCUUCGUUGAAAGCAUCUUCUUUGCGUUCCCGGCUGUAAUCUUGGCAGGCCUUGGACUGGGGGCUUCGAACCUGGCCGGCCUUGUGGCAUUGAUCGACAGCGUUGCUGCAAAGAAGAGGGCUACACUGGUGGGCCUUGCGACCUGUGGCACAAGCGUCGGCACAAUUCUGCUGCCUCAGUUCUACAACACUCUCACAGAAGCAUUCGACUGGCGCUGGGCGAUGCGAAUAAAUGCCCUGGCUACCUUCUUGGCUUUGGGGCUGGCGGCGCCGCUUUUCCGGGUGCCGAAGCCCGAGGGAUCCGAUGUAGCCGCUCCGCCGCGAGAGGCAAAGGAGGCACAAGCCUCCAAUCCAUGCCGAGAUGCACGGUUUGUAUGCUGGUGGUUGGACAUGUUUGUAUGUUUCUUCGGAUACUUUGUUCCGCCGGCCCUCUUGGCGGACUUCGCGCAGACUGAGCUCCAGCUGCCGCCGGAGGCUGCAGCCAAUGCCUACACUGUGAUCGGCAUUUGUGCGCUGCUCACGCGCCUUUGCCUUGGCGCAAUUUCUCAUGCCUGCGGAGGGCCACGACGUGUUCACAUGGCGUGCCAGAUUCUAGUUGGAGUCGUAACGUGCUGUCUGCCGUUCUGCUGGAACUUGGAGUCUCUGCUUGUUUGGAGUGCUUGUUAUGGCCUGUGUAUUGGCCCUGUCAUCGCAUUAAUUAGCGUGGUGCUGAGCGAGCUCUUCGGCACCCAGGCCUUGCCGUUGUACCACGGCGUGUCGCGAGUCGGAGUGGGCAUGGGGAACUUGCUUGGAGUUCCUGUUGCAGGCCUGAUCGCCGAGAGAUGGGGCUAUGAAUUCGCAAUCGUGCUCUCAGGCAGCCUAGUGAUGAUGGCCACGACUUUUUUGGUCAUUCUGGCAAUCCUGCAUCGUCGAAAGCUGAAUGCUGAAGCCCAGAAUUCGUCUUGUCGGGAUGGUGCAAAGAUUUGA